GGAAAGCGCCAGGCUAACAUCUAUGAACUGAGUCCUCUUCCAGACCCUUCCCUCUGUGUUCUGCUGGAUUACCCUCCCUCCUGCUCGGAUAUUAUUUAUAAGGAACACCUGGACCGACCUGGAUCUAUGCGAACCCUUCGCGGGAGUCAACGGCAUUUUGUGAAGCUGAACAGGAGGAAUGUAUCGUUUCUUUGUGAAACUAACAUUUCUGAUUCCUGCAAUCGUCCUCACACAAGGUCUAAAAUGCUCCCUUCCCACUGAAUCAUGCCUGAAUGGAGGACGGUGUGAAGGCAGCCAUAAUGGAAAUGGAGAGUGCAAGUGUCCCAGUGACUACGUGGGUAACCGCUGCCAGUACCCGAGCCCCUGCAGCCCCUCCCCCUGCAGGAACGGAGGGGAAUGUCGCGCCGUGUUACAUGGCAACGGGUUUGAUUUCCGCUGCGUGUGCCGCCUGGGUUUCACCGAUGAACUGUGCCUGACCCCCAACAACCACGCCUGCAUGAGCUCCCCCUGCCGCAACGGGGGGACAUGUGACCUCAUCACCCUCACCGUGUUCCGCUGCAGGUGCUCCCCUGGAUGGUCAGGUAAAACCUGCCUGCUCUCUAACCCCUGUGCGUCCAACCCAUGUGCAAACGGGGGCCAGUGCUCGGCCUUCGACUCCACUUACAUCUGCACCUGCCCCCCCGCCUUCCACGGUCAAACCUGCAAGCAAGACGUGAACGAGUGCGCCCAGAGCCCCUCCCCCUGUUUCAACGGCGGGGCGUGUGUCAACGAGGUGGGCUCGUACAGUUGCCGCUGUCCUCUCGAGUACAGGGGCCAACACUGUGAGACCCCCUACAUGCCCUGCAGCCCCUCCCCCUGCCAGAAUGGAGGCACCUGCGUGCAGAAGGGAGAGACCACCUACGAUUGUAGCUGCCUUCCAGGCUUCAAUGGUCCGCACUGUGAGCAUAACAUCGACGACUGUCCGGGCCACAACUGCCAGAAUGGCGGCAUGUGUGUGGACGGUGUGAACACCUACAACUGCCAGUGCCCUCCUCAUUACACAGGUCAAUACUGCACAGAAAACGUGGAUGAGUGUGAGUUGAUGCCCAACGCUUGCCAGAAUGGAGGGACGUGCCACGAUACUCACGGCAGCUACCACUGCGUCUGCGUCAACGGCUGGACGGGCGACGACUGCAGCGAAAACAUCGACGACUGCGCCAGCGCCGCCUGUUACCAUGGCGCCACCUGCCACGAUCGUGUGGCCUCCUUCUUCUGCGAGUGUCCUCAUGGUCGCACAGGUUUGCUGUGCCACCUCGAUGACGCCUGCAUCAGCAACCCGUGUCAGAAAGGCUCCAACUGUGACACCAACCCCGUCAACGGCAAGGCCAUCUGCACAUGCCCCCCCGGGUACACCGGCUCCGCCUGCAACCUGGACAUCGACGAGUGCUCCCUCGGCGCCAACCCCUGUGAGCAUGGCGGGCGCUGCCUCAACACCAAAGGCUCGUUCCAGUGCAAGUGUCUCCAGGGAUAUGAGGGCCCUCGCUGUGAGAUGGACGUCAAUGAGUGCAUGUCUAACCCCUGCCACAACGAUGCCACCUGCCUGGACCAGAUCGGAGGCUUCCACUGCAUCUGCAUGCCAGGAUACGAGGGUGUGUUCUGCCACGUCAACACAGAUGAGUGUGGGAGCCAACCUUGUCUCAACAACGGCAAGUGUGUGGACAAGAUCAACUCCUUCCACUGCGAGUGCGCCAAAGGUUUUUCAGGGAGUCUUUGUCAGGUGGACAUUGACGAGUGUGCCAGCACCCCCUGCAAGAACGGAGCUAAAUGUACUGAUGGUCCCAACAAGUACACCUGCGAAUGUGCUGAAGGUUACACAGGGCAGCACUGUGAGACGGACAUCAACGAGUGUUACUCGGACCCCUGCCACUACGGCACCUGUAAGGACGGCCUGGCCUCCUUCACCUGCUACUGUCGCCCGGGCUACACCGGCCGCCUGUGUGAGACCAACAUCAACGAGUGUCUGAGCCAGCCCUGCAGGAACGGAGGCACCUGCCAGGACCGGGAGAACACGUAUAUCUGUGCCUGUCCCCAAGGAACCGCAGGUUUCCACUGUGAGGUGAACCUGGACGACUGUAAGAGCAAACCCUGCGACUACGGCCGCUGCAUCGACAAAAUCAACGGCUACGAGUGUGCAUGCGAGCCGGGCUACACAGGAUCAAUGUGCAACAUCAACAUCGAUGAGUGUGCCAUUAACCCGUGUCACAACGGGGGCACGUGUGUGGACGGCACCAACAGCUUCACCUGCCUGUGUCCGGAGGGCUACAACGACCCCACCUGCCUGUCCCAGGUGGACGAGUGUGGCAGCAACCCCUGCAUCCAUGGACACUGCCAGGACCUCGUCAACGGCUACAAAUGUACCUGUGACUCUGGCUGGAGCGGGCCCAACUGUGACAUCAACAACAACGAGUGUGAGUCUAACCCGUGCAUGAACGGGGGGACCUGCAAGGACAUGACCAGCGGGUACCACUGCACCUGCAGGGCGGGCUUCACUGGACCUAACUGCCAGACUAACAUCAACGAGUGUGCCUCCAACCCCUGCCUGAACCAGGGCUCCUGCAUCGACGACGUGGCCGGAUAUAAGUGCAACUGUCUGCUGCCCUACACCGGUGAUAACUGUGAGACCCUGCUGGCGCCCUGCAGCCCCAGACCCUGUAAAAACGGGGGUGUUUGUAAAGAGUCUGAAGAUUACCAAAGCUUCUCCUGCAUCUGCCCCGAAGGAUGGCAAGGUCAAACAUGUGAGAUAGAUAUCAACGAAUGUGUGAAGAGCCCGUGCCGCAACGGUGCUAUGUGCCAUAACACCAUGGGGGGCUACCAGUGCAAGUGCCAGCCAGGUUACACCGGCCAGAAGUGCGAGACCGACACUGACGACUGCAAACCAAACCCCUGCAGUAACGGAGGUCUGUGCCGCGACAGUAUCAACUCUUUCACCUGCACCUGUCUGCCCGGGUUUCGUGGCGGCCGAUGUGAGCAGGACAUAAACGAGUGUGAGAGUAACCCCUGUAGGAAUGGGGCAAACUGCACUGAUUGUGUGAACAGCUACACCUGCACCUGCCGGCCGGGCUUCAGCGGCAUCAACUGUGAGAUCAACACCAACGACUGCACCGACAGCUCCUGCUUUAACGGGGGCACCUGUGUGGACGGCAUCAAUGCGUUCACCUGCCUGUGUCUGCCUGGGUUCACCAGCAGCUACUGCCAGUAUGACAUCAACGAGUGUGACUCCAAGCCGUGCCUCAACGGGGGGUCCUGCCUGGACAGUUACGGCACAUACAAGUGCACCUGUCCUCAUGGCUACACAGGAAUCAACUGUCAGAAUCUGGUGCGCUGGUGUGAUUCGUCCCCCUGUAAAAACGGAGGAACAUGCUGGCAGCAGGGGGCCUCGUACACCUGCCAGUGUCAGACUGGGUGGACCGGUCUCUACUGUGACAUUCCCAGUGUGUCCUGUGAGGUCGCAGCCAAACAGCAAGGGGUGGAGGUUGCUCACCUGUGCAGGAACUCAGGCCAGUGUCUGGAUGCUGGAAACACUCACUACUGCCGCUGCCAGGCCGGGUACACCGGGAGCUACUGCCAGGAGCAGGUGGACGAGUGCUCCCCCAACCCCUGCCAGAACGGAGCGGCAUGCACCGAUUACCUGGGAGGCUACAGCUGCGAGUGUCUUCCUGGAUAUCAUGGUGUAAACUGCUCCAAAGAGAUCAAUGAGUGUCAGUCGCAGCCCUGUCAGAACGGAGGCACGUGCAUCGACCUGAUCAACACGUACAAGUGCUCCUGCCCCCGAGGAACACAAGGCGUGCACUGUGAGAUGAAUCUGGAUGACUGCACCCCCUCCAGCGACCCCCUGACCAACGAGCCAAAGUGCUUCAACAACGGGAAGUGUGUGGACCGCAUCGGAGGCUAUCAGUGUGUGUGUCCAGCGGGAUACGUAGGAGAGCGCUGCGAAGGCGACGUCAACGAGUGUCUGUCGGACCCCUGCGACCCCCAGGGCUCCUACAACUGCGUCCAGCUCACCAACAGCUACCGCUGCGAGUGCCGCACGGGAUACACAGGUCAGCGCUGUGAUAAAGUGUUUGACGGCUGUAAAGGAAGACCCUGCAAAAAUGGAGGGUCUUGUGCUGUUGCCAGUAACACACCUCACGGCUUCAUCUGCAAAUGUCCUCCUGGCUUCACCGGCUCUUCCUGUGAGUACGACUCUCGCUCCUGCGGGGGUCUGAAUUGCAGAAAUGGCGGUACCUGUGUGUCGGGCCACCUGGGCCCCCGCUGCCUCUGCCCCCCCACCUUCACUGGGCCCGAGUGCCAGACCCCCACCGACAGCCUCUGCAUCUCCAACCCCUGCUACAACGGCGGCACGUGCCAGACCACCCCUGACGCGCCCUUCUUCAAGUGCAGCUGCCCGAUCAACUUCAACGGCCUGCUGUGCCACAUCCUGGACUACUCCUUCGUGGGGGGCUUCGGCCGGGACAUCAUCCCCCCGCCGGAGGUGGAGGUGAGCUGCGAGAUUCCUCAGUGUGACGAGUGGGCCGGGAACCACAUCUGCAACUCUCUGUGCAACAACCACGCCUGCGGCUGGGACGGGGGGGACUGCUCGCUGAACUUCGACGACCCGUGGCAGAACUGUUCGGCCGCGCUGCAGUGCUGGCGCUACUUCAACGAUGGGAAGUGUGACGCUCAGUGCAACAGCCCGGGGUGUCUGUACGACGGCUUCGACUGCCAGGGGCAGGAGGGGACCUGCAACCCGCUGUAUGACCAGUACUGUAAGGACCACUAUGCUGACGGUCACUGUGACCAGGGCUGCAACAACGCUGAGUGUGAGUGGGACGGGCUGGACUGUGCAGAGAACAUGCCGGAGAAGCUGGCAGACGGGCACCUGGUCCUGGUGGUCCACAUCCCCCCCGAGCAGCUGAAGAACCGCUCCUCAACGUUCCUCAGAGAGAUCAGCAGCGUGCUCCACACCAACGUGGUGUUCCGCCGUGACGCCAAAGGAGAACCCAUGAUCUUCCCGUACUACGGAAACGAGCAGGACCUGGUGAAACACAACGUGCUGAAGCGCUCCACAGACGGAUGGCCGGAGUGGGCCGCCAGGCCCGCCUCCGUCCUGGGUCAGGUCCAGGAGAGCGUGUCCGCCAUGGUCAGCCCCCGCAGACGCAGAGAGCUGGACCCUGUGCAGAUCAAAGGGUCGAUUGUGUACCUGGAGAUUGAUAACCGUCAGUGUUACCAGCAGUCCAGUGAAUGCUUCCAGAGCGCCACAGAUGUAGCGGCGUUCCUCGGAGCGCUGGCCACCAGCGGGAACCUGAACGUCCCCUACAUCGAGGCUGUCACCAGUGUGAGACCUGCCCCCUCCGGCUCAGAGCUCUACCCCAUGUACGUGGUCUUCCUGGGCCUGGCCGCUCUGGGUUUCGUGUGCCUCGGUGUUCUGGUGUCUCGUAAGAGGCGACGCGAGCACGGCCAGCUCUGGUUCCCUGAAGGAUUCAAAGCUUCAGAGCCCACCAAAAAGAAGCGCAGAGAGCCUCUGGGAGAGGACUCUGUUGGGUUGAGGCCUAUGAAAAACUCUGACAUCAAUCUUAUGGAUGACAAUCAAAACGAAUGGGAUGAUGAGGAUCCAGAAUGCAGGCGCUUCAGGUUGGAGGAGCAGGCCAUGUUGGACCUGAGUGACCGUACAGAUCACAGGAAGUGGACACAGCAGCAUCUUGAUGCAGCUGACCUGCGCACUGCCUCCAUAGCACCGACUCCUCCUCAGGGAGAGAUCGAAAACGACUGCAUGGAUGUGAACGUCAGAGGACCAGAUGGUUUCACCCCCCUUAUGAUCGCCUCCUGCAGCGGUGGAGGGCUGGAGACGGGCAACAGCGAAGAGGAAGAGGAUCCCUCGGCGGAAAUCAUCUCCGACUUUAUUUACCAAGGCGCCAACCUCCACAACCAGACGGAUCGCACCGGGGAGACGGCCCUCCACCUGGCCGCUCGCUACGCCCGCUCCGAUGCUGCCAAACGCCUUCUGGAGUCCAGCGCCGACGCUAACGUCCAGGACAACAUGGGACGCACCCCGCUGCACGCCGCUGUGGCUGCGGACGCUCAGGGAGUCUUCCAGAUUUUAAUCCGAAACCGCGCCACUGAUCUUGACGCCCGCAUGCACGACGGAACAACACCGCUGAUCCUCGCCGCGCGAUUGGCUGUGGAGGGGAUGGUGGAGGAGCUUAUCAACUGCCACGCCGACGCUAACGCCACCGACGACUCUGGAAAGUCUGCUCUGCACUGGGCUGCGGCGGUGAACAACGUGGAGGCCGCCAUGGUGCUGCUGAAGAACGGGGCCAACAAAGACAUGCAGGACAACAAGGAGGAGACGCCUACCUUCCUUGCCGCCCGUGAAGGAAGCUUCGAGACAGCUAAAGUUCUCCUGGAACAUUUCGCCAACCGCGAGAUCACGGACCACCUGGACCAGCUGCCCCGAGACAUCGCCCAGGAGCGCAUGCACCACGACAUCGUGCGCCUGCUGGACGAGUACAACGUGGUCCGGAGCCCCGGGCUCCACAGCGGGCCCCUGAGCACCUCCAGCCUCUCCCCCCCCCUCUGCUCCCCCAAUGACUAUCUCAGCAACCUCAAACCCAACCUCUCUGUAAAGAAGGUCCGUAAACUGAGUGCCGGGAAAGGAGGAAAAGAUGGAGGUAAAGAUAACAGGAUGAAGAAGAAGAAGUCGCUGGAUGGAAAGGGGAAUCUGCUCGAUUCGACAGGUGUCCUCUCCCCAGUCGAUUCUCUCGAGUCUCCUCACGGAUACCUCUCCGACGUAGCUUCUCCUCCCAUGACAUCCCCCUUCCAGCAGUCGCCUCCCAUGUCUCUAAAUCACCUCCAAGGUAAUGGGGAUCACAUGGGCCAGAUGAUGGGUAAAGAUAUGAGCUGCAUGUCUUUCGACCCCCCACGUCUCUCCCACAUGCCCGUCUCCAGCCCCAACAGUCAGGGCAGAGGGGGAGGUCAGUGUGACUGGAUCUCAAGGAUGCACCCGGGUGUGGGCCAGCAAGGGGGCUACAGCCAGCCCAUCUCCCACAACAUGAUGGGGGCUCUGCACGGGGUCAGCACGGCCACGCUGUCUCAGAUCAUGGGCUACCAGAACAUGCAGACCAGCCACCUGGUGAUGCAGCAGCAGCAGCACUCGCGGCAGCUCCAGCACCAGAACUCCAGCUCCACCACGGGGGGGCUCAACCAGAGCUUCCCCAGCGUGGAUCUGAACGACGGGCGCUCCAUGCCCAUCCUCACCGUCAUGCCGCAGGAGACCCAGAUCCUCGGCACUCAGUUCCUCACCCCCCCCUCCCAACACAGCUACUCUGGCCCCAUGGACCACACCCCCAACCACCAGCUGCAGGUGCCCGAUCACCCCUUCCUCACCCCUUCCCCCGGCUCCCCCGACCAAUGGUCUAGCUCGUCCCCACAUUCCAACAUGUCUGAUUGGUCGGAAGGCAUCUCGAGCCCACCCACGAGUAUCCAUUCGCAGAUGAACCUGAUCCCGGAGCAGUUUAAGUAGAGACUUUUAAAAAUGGACAGUGGGAAAAAAUUCAAAGAAAUACAGAAAGAGUGACAAACCUAUCUAAAGACCUUUUUUAUUAUCAGUUUUUAUACUAACGAUAAGAACAGUUUUAGAAAUGUUGUAUUUAUUUAUGUGCUUCUUUUUUAAAUAUAAAGAAGAUGCUUUUAUAUUUAUGCUUUUUUAUUUGUAUUUGUAUUUGUUAUGUAUGGGAAGAUUAGAAACUGUUUUAAAAGGAGUGUAUAUCAUAAGAAAAAAGGACUCCUGUACACUGGCUAUUUAUUUGUGUCUCGUGUUGCUUUGUUCACUGGAUCUAUUUUUAUCUUUGUCUUCACAAAUGUUUUAUUUUUGGGGAUUUGCAUUGCUUUAUGUUUGUACAGAUUUUUUCUCCCAACUUUCUAUAGAUUAUUUUAAAAUGUUCAGUAUUAAUUAAUUAUAUUUUAACCUACUUUGUGUUUUGAAAUGACACAGGUUAUGUUACUGAACUACAUUUCACUAAGUCUUAUCACUGAGUCCGCGUUGGAUGAUAAAAUAUAUAUUUAAAGUGUGGCCUUUCAUGAUGUUGCUCGCUCUCACAGAGUAACGAAGGUAACAGAGACCUUAAAGCACAGAACAAUAUCCCUUAUGAGUUGAGAGAUGCUUUUUCGAAAAGAGUUAAAAAUGCAUCUUAAUCAACCUGAGCCUAUUUUUGAUGAAGUUAUGGUGUUGGCGGGUGCUGAGUACUUGAUUUGUAAUAAUGUAUGAUGCAAGGAGAGUUUCUUUAUUUCAUAUUGUAUUUCAAACCAGUGAUAAUGGUUACCAUGUUUAACCUGUAAAGUGUUCAAUGGCAGACCUGUCGUAGAACAUGUUACAUUUGCCACAGUUUAAAAUAGUGCCAGUGUGAUUGAGUUUUUCUUAAGAAAAGCAACAUAUUUGUGAGAUUUCUUGAAAAGAAAAACGUCUUCGAAGUGAAGAACAUAGUUUGUGAAAGAAAUGGGGACCUUUGUUUGUGUGUUUGAACACACCACCUGCACUUUGUGUGGUUUAAGGUGUCUAGAUGUCACGUUUUAUAAACUAAUUCAGAGAUACGAAAGAUGUUUUUAAGAAAAGAUGUAAUUCAAAAUCAAUGUUCAUGCAAAGUUGUAGUUUGCAAAGAAGUAUUUCCUGAUUUAAAAAUGUUUGUAAAAAUGGUCUUGAUUCAAUAAAAGUUGCUGUUAAGCUUUAAAA